GGUGACCUCCCGCCUGCCUGAGCUAUAAAGUAUUUGCUGGUCCCCACUGCCUCACACUGAGGCAGAGAGAGUGCAGAAUGUUCCGUGCGCUGCUGCUAGUUGCGUUGGCUCUCAGUGCUUCGUGCACAUCAGUGCCACAUCAUCACGGCGACCAUGAUACAAGGUGCCCGAUCCUCAUCAAAGUCCUUGAUGCAUUGAAAGGAACUCCAGCUGCCAACGUUCAAGUUGAAAUGCUGAAGCGAAAUGAAGACAAGACCUGGCAAAGCAUCAACACUGGGGUGACGGGACGUAAUGGAGAGCUGCACAAUCUUACCUCUGAGGAGCACCUUGCAGUGGGUCUGUACAAGCUCCACUUUGAGACCGGUGCCUACUGGAGCAACGCCGGACAAGCACACUUCCAUGAAUGUGCUAACGUGGCUUUCCGUGUGGCUAGUUUGACUAGUGACCAUUACACUAUUGCUGUCCUCCUGAGCCCCUACUCUUACUCCACCACGGGAAUCGUCAUGAACCCUCAUGAGACUUAACACCUCGUGAAAACCUGCACACCCUCCACCUCAGCAACUCACCUGGAGGCCGUUCACAAAUUAACAAAGGUCAACAUUAUUGAUGUUUCAUUAUCACCUCUUCCCCAGCCAACAAUGGACAAUUGUGGGCUCCACCUUUCCUGAUUGAUUGAUGCAGGCUCUGCUUUGUUCUGUACCUUCCCAUCCCCUCCCUUAUUCUCAGUCUGCUGAAGGGUCUCGACCCAAAACAUCACCGAUUCCUUUUCUCCAGAGAUACUGCCUGACCCACUGAGUUACUCCAGCUUUUUAAGUCUACUGUGUCUAUCAACAUUAUUGAUUUGUGUAAACAAUAUUAAGUUUGGCUUGAAUUUUAAUUACUGUAACUGACCACAAACUAAUUAAAAGCACUACUUCCUAACUCAAAAUAAUGAUAAUAAUAAUAAUAAUAAUAUAUUUUAUUGUCAUUGCACAUAAGUGCAACGAGAUUUGGGUAUGCAGCUUCCAUCCGACAUCAUAACUUAAAUAACUAAUAACAUUUAGAUUUAGAUACCCC